AUGUCUUCAGGAGCGAUGGUGAGCAGCGGCUGCUCGUCCCCGUGCGAGGUGUCCUGUCCCCAGCCCUACGCGGACGCCUGGAGCCAGCCCUGUGUCACCUCCUGCGGGGACUCGCGGGCCGUGGUCUACCCUCCUCCCGUGGUCAUCACCUUCCCGGGGCCCAUCCUCAGCUCCUGCCCCCAGGAGAGCAUCGUGGGCACGUCCUUCCCGUCAGGGGCCAUGGGAUCUUCGGGAUCCGGGGGCGCCAUUGGGGGAUCCUACGGAGGGGGCAGCGGCUCCAUGGGGGGAACUGGGGGAUCCUACGGAGGCGGUUCCAUGGGGGGCUCCUAUGGAGGGGGCUCCAUGGGGGGAAUUGGGGGCUCCUAUGGAGGCGGUUCCAUGGGUGGAUCCUAUGGAGGGAGCAGAUCCUUUGGCUCCGGGGGCUCCUAUGGAGGGAGCAGAUCCUUCGGGAGCAGAAGAACCUUCGGCUCCUCGGGCGGGGGCUUUGGGGGCUCCUGCGGCGGGGGCAGCUCCUUUGGGGGCGGCUCCUAUGGAGGGGGUUCCUACGGAGGGGGCAGCUCCAGCUCCAGGAGGUUUGGAGGAGGAAACUGCGGCUUCUUUUAUUUCUGA